AUGGUUAUGGUUAAAAUGAUACAAAAGCUGGGUCUGUUCUUGGUGUACCUUGAUGAGAACAAAAAGCUGAUAAUAGCAAUCAUGGAAAACCAGAAUCUCGGUAAACUUGCAGAGUGUGCACAGUACCAAGCUCUUCUCCAGAAGAACCUAAUGUACCUCGCUGCAAUUGCUGAUGCUCAACCUCCUCCACCUACACCAGGAGCUGCACCAGCACCAGCCAUGGCUUCCCAGAUGACAGCACCGCAUCCUGCGAUGCAACCGCCAAGCUACUUUAUGCAGCACCCACAAGCUCCAGGAAUGGCUCAACAAGCAUCUCCCGCCGGUAUCUUCCCUCCAAGAGGUCCUUUGCAGUUUGGUAGCCCACACCAGCUUCAAGACCCGCACCACCAGCAGCAGCAGCAGCAUCAACAAGCUAUGCAAGGCCACAUGGGGAUUAGACCAAUGGGUAUCAACAACAACGGGAUGCAGCACCCGAUGCAGCAACCAGAAACCAGUCUUGGAGGAGGCGGCCCAAACGUGGGGCAUAGAGGAGCGAAGCAAGAGGGAGCAGAUGGACAAGGGAAAGAUGAGGGCAAGUGA